AUGGCCAGUCCUGAAGUUCAAAUUGCUUGUACGGUUGUCGCAUUACUUGUCUUUGCUCUUGUUGGUGGAUUAAUUGCCAAGAAGAACUCAGGUCCUAAGGCAAUACUCAAGAAGGAUGAAUUCCAAAAAUUCACAUUGAUUUUGAAGACUUCACUUUCGCAUAACACAGCAGUCUAUAGAUUCGGUUUGCCAGGAGCUGAAGAUGUAUUAGGAUUGCCCAUUGGCCAACACAUUUCCAUUAGAGGUGUAAUUAACGGAAAGGAAAUCGUUAGGUCGUAUACUCCAACUUCGUUAGAUACCGAUGCCCAAGGGUUCUUCGAAUUGUUGAUUAAAUCUUAUCCACAAGGUAAUAUCUCCAAAAUGUUUGGUGAAUUAGAAAUCGGUGAUAAAAUCGAAGUACGUGGUCCUAAAGGUUUUUAUGAAUAUGCACCAAACGUUUUUAACCACAUUGGUAUGGUUGCUGGUGGUACCGGAAUUUCACCCAUGUAUCAAAUUAUCAAAGCCAUUGCAUCUGACCCUAGCGAUAAGACAAAAGUUUCAUUGAUCUACGGUAACCAAAAUGAAGAAGAUAUCCUGUUGAAAGCAGAAUUGGAUACUAUUGUUGCUUCAAGACCCGAUCAAUUUAAAGUAUUUUAUCUGUUAGAUAAUCCACCAAAGGAAGGUUGGAAUGGUGGUGCUGGAUAUGUGACCCAAGACAUUAUGAAAACCCACUUACCUAAUCCAAAAGGAGACGGUACUCAGCUAUUGGUAUGUGGUCCACCAGGACUGGUUUCUGCUGUGAAGAGAUCAGCAGUUGCAUUGGGCUACGAAAAGGCAAAACCUAUUUCAAAGAUGGGUGAUCAAGUUUUUGUGUUUUAA